AUGUUGGAACCAUUAGCUGUAUCUGAAUUCUCUCUCCCCUAUCUCCAUUAUUACGUAGAGGCAGUUCUUGUAGCUACAGUCGUUUACUUAUUGAUAAACAGGAGGAAUUCCAAUCGAGCUCAGGAGCCCAAAUUGACCGAAAAACAAAAAGAUGAACUAAUAGCGGAAUGGCAUCCGGAACCACUCGUGCCGGAAACCCCGCAAGAUCAUCCAGUCUUGAAUCAGAAAUUAGCUGAGGGAAAAAUGACUAAAUAUGUAAAGAUUGAUGGGAAGGAAUAUCUCAAUAUGGCCACAUCGAAUUUUCUGGGUUUCAUCGGUGAGAAGAGGAUUGAGGAUGUUGCCAAAAAGACCAUACAGAAGUAUGGUGUAGGUUCAUGUGGACCUCGUGGAUUUUAUGGAACAGUUGAUGUCCAUCUUAAUCUGGAAGCUGAAUUAGCCAAGUUUAUGGGCUGUGAGGAAGCUGUACUUUAUAGUUACGGGUUUGCCACUGUGGCUAGCGCCAUCCCAGCUUAUGCAAAGAAAGGAGAUAUCAUAUUUGUUGAUAAAGGUGUAAACUUCGCAAUCCAGAAGGGUCUACAGGCUUGUAGAAGCCGUGUUGAAUGGUUCGAACACAAUGAUAUGGAAGAUUUGGAAAGGCUGCUUAAAGAACAAGAAGUCAGAGACAAGAAGGAUCCCAAAAAAGCUACAACUAUCCGAAGAUUUAUUGUAGUGGAAGGGCUGUAUGUGAAUACCGCGGAUCUUUGCCCUCUUCCACGUAUAAUGGAGUUUAAAUGGAAGUACAAGGUGGGGUUUUUUUCUUUUGAUUGUUCCGAAUCUUGGAAGUUUUUU